AAAAUGGCAACCUCAACCAAAGCAAGGUCUCGAACCGAACGUGGUGUUGAGACGGGGUGGAAGAUGCUGCGUUUUCUGAGGACCGGUGAACGCAUCGCCCGAGUUGACAGCCCGACAGCAAACAUGGCGCCCGCUCGAGCGGCCCGUCAACACGUCCUCUCCUCUCGAGCUGGCAGGUUGACGAUUAAUCGGAAGUGACUGUGAGCAGAAAGUGUGUUGGCCUUUGUCCACCUUCCGCAGUUCCGAUCUCCCUGCUUCUCGCCGAUGACGAGGCGCUUUGCCGGAGAGGAGUGAACGGCAUCGGGCCGCGCACGAACACCUUCGGCUCGGUUUCGUCACUUCAAGCGAAAUGUUGGAACAGGUAAACUCCCCCUAUCAACCAGCCUCUCCCUCUCAUUAGUCCUCAUUCCCACGUGCUGCUGAUGUCAUCACCACCAGUGAAGCCAUGUCCCGAGUCUGGACUCUCAAAGACACUGGAUUCUCUGUCCAUGUCUUCACUUUUAUCUGGGGAGUUAGACGAGGGCGGAGUCGAAGGAGGAGGAGGAGGAGGCCAGGACGAGGAUGGUUUUCGAGACCUGGAAGUGAACCCAUAUGAUAGUCUGCCGUUUUCUUCUCGCUACUACACGCUACUGGAAGAGAGGCAACAGCUUCCCAUAUGGAGACACAGGCAGAAUCUACUAGAGCACCUGGAGAGUCACAGUAUGGUGCUGCUCAGUGCACCAAGUGGAGUAGGGAAAAGCACCCAGGUGCCACAGUGGUGUGUGGAGUAUGCUUUGUCCUAUGAAUUUUCUCAGGGCCUGGUGUGUUGUUCCCAGCCUUAUUCCGUGGCAGCAGUCAGUCUGGCCCUUCGUGUGGCCGAUGAGAUGGACCUCAGCUUGGGUCUGGAGGUGGGCUAUGGGGUGGCUCAUGACGACAGCUGUACACCAGAGACUUUGCUCAGGUUUGUCAGUGACACUCUCCUGCUUGAGGAAAUGAUGUCAGACCCCUUGCUGCAUAAAUAUGGAAUCGUGGUUGUGGACGAGCUCCAGGAGCGCACUGUAGCAACGGAUGUGCUGCUCGGCCUGCUGUGUGACGUCUGCCGCCAGAGGCCAGAUAACUUCCGUGUGGUUCUUCUGACUCACGCAAGUCUCGCUCCUCGGCUCGCCUCCUUCUUGGGCCCCUCUGUCCCGCACCUCUACAUGGACAGCCUCUUCUCUGAGGCCCCUACAAAUGGACAAGAAAAGGAAAGUGCGGUAGAAGAGGAGAGGAACUCUAAAAACCUGAAAAGAAUGGAGACUCUGUACCAGGAGCUUUUACCUGGGAAGGAGCCUGUGGUUACUGCCUGUCACAUGGUUCUAGAUCUUCACCGAAGAGGAGAAGCGGGAGACAUAAUGGUGUUUCUUGCUAGUGCACAGGAAAUAGAGGAGUGUGCCACACAGCUGGAGGUAGAGCGUGUAGCCCUCGGUGCUCAACUCGGCUCACUCAAGAUCCUUCCCCUCCACACUGGACUGGGUGGGCUGACUCAACGAGUGUACAACACUGAAGUGUCUACUCACAGGGAGAAUGAUGGGUCAGACGGAAAGGACAGCACAAUGCUGGACGCUGAAGAUCCAGGGAUCCAGAGGAAAGUGAUCCUCACUCACUGCCUGGCAGAGGCUUCUUUCUCCCUACCAGCCAUUCGCUAUGUCAUAGACACAGGCCUUCAACUUAAAACUGUUUACAAUCCUCAAAUAAGAGCAAACGCACAGAUCCUGAAGACAAUCAGCAAAACACAGGCGGACAUGCGAGCUCAAAGAGUUAAUAGCAAACUUCCUGGGCUGUGUUUCCGUCUGUAUCCGCAGUCCCUGUAUGAUGAUGGUAUGGGGGAAGCUCAUUGUCCGAGGGUAUCGGAGGAAAAUCUCAGCCACUUGGUCUUGUUACUCAAGAGACUGGACAUUGCCGACAUGGGUCAAUGCAAAUUCCUAGACAGACCAGCCCCAGAGGCUUUAAUGCAAGCCUUGGAGGAUUUGGACUACCUAGCAGCACUGGAUGAUGACGGUAACCUGUCAGAAGUGGGCAUCAUAAUGUCAGAACUGCCGCUGGAGCCACAUUUGGCUAAAGCCCUGAUCGCAGCCUGCGAGUAUGACUGUGUUGAUGAACUGCUCACAGUAGCUGCCAUGUUGACAGCUCCUUCCUGCUUCCUGAGGCCAGAACCUAUCAGAGAGGAGACUGCUGUUGCUCACUGGCGACCUCUAAUGCACAGUGAAGGCGAUCACAUGUCUCUCAUUAACAUUUACAAUGCCUACAUGGAACAUAAUCAGGAUGAGGCAUGGUGCAUGACACACUUUCUGAACCACGCGGCCUUGCGUCUGGCUGUGGUGAUCAGGGCCGAGCUGCUGGACGUCAUGCGGCGAAUUGAACUUCCAGUGUCACACCCUGCUUUUGGGUGCCAAGACAAUUGCACGGAUAUCAAGAGGGCUCUCAUCUCAGGCCUCUUCCUUAAAGUGGCUCAUGAUGUGGAUGGUUCUGGUAACUACCUCCUGGUCACUCACCGCCACGUGGCUCACCUCCACCCCUUCUCGUCCUACCUGUGUCGUCAGCCCUGCCCCGCACCCCCUACCUGGGUUCUCUACCACGACUUCACCAUCUCCAGUGACAACUGCAUACGCAUCAUAUCCGAGGUUCACCCCCAGAUGCUCGUGGAGCUAACGCCUCAAUACUUCCUGGGAAACCUGCCCUCUAGUGAUGGCAAGGAGCUGCUGAUCAAGCUGAGGCAGAAUACGGAGCUUUACUCUUCCGAGCGAGACCGAGUAACAGACGCUCGCGGCAGGACCCACAGAGACGCAGACGCUGUUGGAACGGAAGAGACUCACAAUCAGUCUGGCACGGAGCUCUGCGUUGUCCAAUGAACAUACUGGCGCGAUUUGUCUUACUUUUUAUCAUUCACCGGUACUGGAAAACACUAAUAUAUUUGAAUUAUGGGUAAGUUCUGUAAAGAAUUAGGAAAAAAAGCAAACCUCAUGUCGUUCUCCUUAUUGCGGUGUACUGUACCGUUCGCUGAUAGAAUUCUGUCGAUUUCAGAACAAUUUCACUGGUAUUUGCACGAUGGGAGCUUUUCGGCACGUUUAAAGAUAUUUUAGAGGGCAGGUGCUCAAGCGCAAGGAAAGAGCGCCCACGGUAUUGGUUGUCGUCGGGGGAGCGCGAGUGACAGUUGUUUCCCUCAGCUUGGGGGUGGGGCUGGAUCGGGGGUGCGUGGUAGUGACAGAGUUUCCUGUCGGCUCGGGGAAAAUCGUCCUGCUGCUGCAAAAAGGGCCCCUUUUUUGUCCCGAUGAUGCACCUUUGCAAAAUUCUCUUGACAAACCAUCAACUUUUCGGAUACUUUUGUGAUCCUACUGGUGGUGAUCCUACUUCGUCCUUAUGCCUGCCACUUUGUGGAACAAAUGAAAACCCUCUGUUUAAAGUGGACUCCUCUCUAAUUAGAUGAAUUUGUACGUACCGUUUCGCCAAAUCCUAAUUUGUUUGAAACAUUUCAACUGUUGUCCUUUUCUGCAGAACAUAAAUGGGCUAUUUGAUCACAUUUCAAAAAAAAGAAUACACAUUGACACACAUUUUUUAAACUGUAGUUUUGAGCAGCUGUUUGGAAAGGCGAGGCACGUCUCCCCUUGAGAGGCGUAAAAGCCCUUCGGGGGAAGCGCAGCAACUCGAGGGAAGCGAAACAUCGUUUUAGCUGUUAACCUCCUUUUACUUUUAACUUACAAUGGGAGCUGUUGUGGCUUUCCUGAUGUACGUAAACAUUCUAAUUUACAUGUACAUGAAUGCGGCUGUAUGAUCACUGAGAAGAAACUGUAUGUUUGAUCGCUCACUGAGACGUGGCAACAGGUAGUCGAUUUCUCUCGAUUAAAUGAAGCUUCUCGGCUGGGUUUUUCCUUUUUUUCAGUCAACCCCAUGCUACUGGGAGGAGGGGGGGGGGGCAGUUGACUUUACAUCAAUCCUGGACUGACUCGGUAGCGUACAACAAGUCAACCUCCCGGCAUAUAACAAAGGUCACAUGCUGGACUUAAUCUGCUGCGCUGACAUCACUCCCGCUGACCUCGCCGUCAUCGAUUACCCAAUCUCACACCACAAAGCAGCCCUUUUUCGACUUUCAUACCCAACCCCGCAAAGUCAAAGCACGACGACCACCUCCUUCAGAAACAUCAACCCCACAGAUCUCUCCAACCUGAUCAGCUCUCCUACCCCAGCCCUCUAACCCUUCUCCCCUGCUGACCUGCUGAGCCAACUGUCUCUCCUCCAUCCCCCUCACUGCCCUGGCCCCCCUGAAAACCCAUUCAUGUCAGUUUGAUCUCCUCCCCUUGUUAAAGCGUCUUUACCAUCCAUUCACCCCGUGGUCACAGACAUAAAUCCGCUCCUCCCUCGCCACUGCUACUUGCAAACUACCUGCCAUCACACCCAUCAUGAAAAAACCCGGUGCCAAUCCAGUUGACCUUAAUCUCAAUAGGCCGAUGCCAACCUUGGCUUUAUUUAGAAAUACAAAUUCCGUUUUUUUUCCCGCACGACUUUAGUCCCACCUCGGCACACGUAAUAUCCAUGAACCCUUCCAAUCCUGUUUCUGCCCCAAUCAGAGCACUGAAACGGUCCUGGUCAAAACCCCAGAUUACUUCCUCCGUGCAGCCAACUCUGAACUACUCACCAUUCUCAUCCUCCUGGACCUCAGCGCAGCCUUCGACGCCAUUUCUCACCCGCUAUUCCUGGACCGCCUGGCUGUCGGUGUUCUCUGCUGGUUUUAUCAUACCUCUCGGACCGUCACCAAUUUGUCUGUCUGAUCAUUUCCAACUUCCUGCAGUGUUUUGCAUAGUAGCCAUUUAUUAACAACACCCAGAAACGCCGCCGGCUUCUCUGGGCUCGCCGAGCUCAUCUGAGGCGGACUGACGCGAAGUGGAAAAGUGUUCCGUGGUCCGACGGGUCCGCAUUUCAAAUAGAGCACCCGAUCGAGGCAAAUUCACGGUGGUAUGAUCGGCUUUCCACUUACGCGUUACGGCCCCAAACGUGCUCACUGGAACAUUCAGAAGCUUCGAUAUGCGCCUGUAACCAGUGCCAUCGUUAUGUUUUGCAACAAUUCCUUUGCUCCGGUCUUGAGACAGCUCUCGGCUCUCAUCCAUCAUGUGAUGCGUCUUGACUCACACCUUGGCAAUGACACCUUUUUGUAUGCCAACAAUAAGGACUGAACCAGCUGAUAUGUUUGAUUAUUGAUCGAUUUUCGGCGGUGGUGCCUUUUUGCACCUCCCUUUCUUCAUGUGUUCAAUACUUUUGCCCUGUGUCAUUUCACAUUAUGACACACAACUUAAUUUCUGAUCUCAUUUGUUCGACUUUCUUUGUAUGUGUGGAUUAUUUGGGUUGUUCCCAACAUCUAGUGAAAAUUUCAUAUCAAUAGCACCUUUGGACAUAUAUUUAGUGAGAAAAAUGGUGACGUGUUAAAUACUUAUUUCAUCCGUUGUGUGUGUGUGUGUGUGUAUAUAUAAACAUUGCUAAAUGUAAAUACAUAAAAAGUGGUCUCGAUUACUGAUCCAGGAUCUGCAAUCAUUGGUCACGCCCAAAAGUAACGUGUACCAUCAUUGGAUUUUUGGGGGUUUGAAGUUGAAUUUCAGUCAGACCCCCGUGUGCCUUUUCUUCCCCUUUUUAACCAUAAACAUUCUGUCGUCGACAGGUCUUGCAAUUUGUACGCCGCGUGUAGGAAACCACCACAUGAUACCAUGUUGACCGAAUUGACAGAUGGGAACAAUUUAGCCUAUAUCGCUUCAUAUGGCAAGCCGAAUAGGUGACUGUUCCAUAAACAGCUGAAAAUUAUAGACAUUAAAUGUUUGUAAAGCAGUCAUCAUAUGUAUUAAUUACGAUGAUAAUGUUGUGGUCGCAGGUGUGCUGAGCCAGUUCCACUUCCUCAUCGCUGCCUCGCACUCCUCACCGCCACGUCUUGUUUCACGUCUGCUAUUUGUCAACGGAUCUUUCACGCAUUUCGCAUCUGAUUUUUCAUUUUUCAUUUUGUUCCUGAUAUUUUCACGCUCGCAACCGAGUCUUUACUGCUCACGUUCUGUCGAUCCUUUGCUAGCCCUUUUCCUCCUAAAAUUCCUUUCCAUUUACUUUUCACGCUUGGCUAUGUAUCACAAAGGUUGAACCAAGGCAACUAAAAAGGGAGAAACGGGGAGAGGGAAACAGAAAGUCGAAAGAAGUUAAUUCAGACGCUUGGGAAUCUGCAGAUUCAAAAGGUCGGAGAACGUAAAGCUGCAUUUCCCAGAAUGACUUCUUGACGGCGAGGAAGUGAUCACGACGCAUGCCGAAACGUGCGUUUUAUUGCAGUUACGUGUUCAAGUUGGUUAUGCCCUCUCUUUACACGAGGUGAUUCGCCAACCUACGGCUACCGGGAGCGACGGACAAGCCGCUUCUUGAAAUCGACGCAGCUCAGGGUGACGUCGCCUUCUUCCUCUUCAACUCCAACUCCGUCUGCAUGCGCGUGGACUAAAGGAAGGCAGACAAUGUCAAACAAUCACGAGUGAGGCCCAAGAUAACAGGUUUUCUUCAGAGAACAAAAUGAGACUGCAGUAAAUCAACUGUCUAAAAAAAGAUAGAUUGAUUACAUAAAUAAGCACAGCCUAAAACAAAGACUUUUUUUGAUGCGCCUUUUACCAACAAUGAACAAUUUUAAUUUUGUAGAAGUAUGGCCCCGGGAUGGCGUGAGAGGAGAUGUGAUAACGAUUCUAAGGGCCCGUCGUGGCUGACACAAGUGCUGGGAGAAAAAAAAUAAAAAACAUUCAAAGUGCUGCAAAUUGUGAGUUGAACC